CUAUAUAUAAUAAACAUUUCUCUCAACAAGCUAAUAUAACUUAGCAAGUGAGCACAUAAAUACGCAACUCCAUUGUGCGCUUUGCAUAGUCCACGGUUCUUUGUACGCUGUUGCUGACAAGCUAGAAACUGAAACACUGUUCACUAUGAGACUUUGGCUCGUCAUUGCUGUCGUGUUGGUAAUCAUUCAGUGUCAGAGUGUGCUAAGCUGUGGUGGCGGAGGUAGUGGAGGUGGCGGUGACGGUGGCACAGGGGGAGGUGGUGGUGGUGGGCAAGGCGGUGGUGGCGGUGGAGGAGGCGGAGGAGAUGGCGGAGCAGGCGGCGAUAUAAAACCCCGUAGCUUUGGUAAGAAGUUUCCUUUCCUUUACUAAUUCUGAUUGCUAUGGAGUCCGUGUUUAUCUGUAUUUUGUUAAGCGAAAACUAUCGCUUGAAAGCUAAGCAUAUUCAUUUGUCGUGUUAUGCGUGCCUGAAGAAACUCAUAAUUUCUGUUCAGCUUAAUGUUAACUCGAAAGAAAUCUUUUCCAUGCUGUUUUAAAAACGUAAAUUGAUCAGUCAAUCCCAGUAGACU